AUGCAGAAUCCUCAAGAGGCUGACCCUGAGCAGAGAACCAAGAGGAGAGGCCAGAGGAGAAUGCUGAUGGAUGUCAAGGCAGCUGUCCAGGAGGGCAACCCCCCUGCUUCCAACUCCACCUCCUCUGAAGCUACCUGUGAACUCAAGUCCUGGAGGAAGAGGGGGCAGAAGAGAAACAUAUGGACUGUCAAUCAUGUCGAGGGGACAAAACUCAGGAUGAACAAGAGGAGAAGACCCAGUUACCGUCCUGAAGACCAAGAAGCGUUUUACCGACUUCUCGAGGAUCCUGUUAUCCAGAGUUUCUUGGAAGCUGAUAUUUUCCUCAAAGUGUCUGACAAGUACCUGCUCUCCAUGGUGGUGGAGUACUUUGGUCGCGUCGGGCUGCCAGGACACCUCUACAACAGGAUCCACUUCUUCCUGGCCCUCUAUAUUGCCUCAGACAUGGAGGAGGACAACCCCACAUCCAAGAGGAGCAUCUUCCAAUUCCUGCUGGGCAGGGAGCAUUGGCCCGACCUCUACAAGGAGUUCCUAAAGCUGAAGGUGGAGUUCUUCCAGGCAAUGGGACAUCGUGCCUGGGUCACCCCGGAACUGUGUGAAGAGAUCCAGGCCCAGAAUCCACAUCACUGGGUCUGGAGUCGGGUGCGCCAAUGUGCCCCCUAG